AUGGAAACUUUACUGAAGCAACUGGUCCGUGGAAACGCGUUAGUCUUCAUAGUCAUUCUAGGGAUUGGAGGAACCUUUCAGAAUGGAUUUCAUAUUACGGUUAUCAGUUCACCUUCGCCGUACAUUCAGAGUUUCAUCAAUCAGAGCUGGGUGGCUCGGUAUGGAGAACCUACGAAGCCAGAGACUGUUACCUUAAUUUGGUCUACUAUGGUGUCUCUUUACGCUGUAGGGGGCGUUCUGGGGUCUGUGAGUGUAAAGGACAUUAUUUGCAAAUUUGGAAGGAAGAAAAGCAUGAUCUGGAAUAACAUUAUCAGUAUUGUGGCUGCGGUAAUCAUGUUUUCAAGCAGGAGUGCAAACUCUUUUGAAAUGAUAAUGGUUGCACGUUUCUUGUUUGGAUUUGCUGCAGGGUUGGGUUCAAACAUCCACGUCCUAUACCUGGGUGAAUGCUCCCCCAAAAAACUGAGAGGGAUGGUGACACUGACAUCAGCUACCUUUGUUUCCAUCGGUAAACUGUCUGGCCAACUUGCUGGUCUGAGGGAAAUCCUCGGCCGUGAGGAGCUGUGGAAUGUCCUGCUCUGUGUUCCUGCAUGUUUCUCUGUGAUUCAGCUGAUAGCUCUGCCAUUCUUUCCUGAGGCCCCCAGAUAUUUAUUAAUAGACCAAGGCAAUGAGGCAAUGUGCAAAAAGGCCCUUCAGACUCUGUGGGGUAAGGGGGACUUUAAGAUGGAGAUUGAAGAGAUGGUAGCGGAACAGGCAGCUAUAAAAGGGCAACAGACACAAAGCCUUGUGGAGCUGUUGAGGGACAGACGAGUGCGCUUGCAGCUCCUCGCCAUGCUGGUCAUUAACGUCUGCAUCCAGUUCUGCGGCAUUUCCGCUAUCAGUGCCUUCUCCUUCAACAUCUUCCAGGAAGCAGGUAUCCCACUGGACAAGAUCCGCUAUGUGACCCUGGGUGUGGGAGCCUCUGAAGUCAUGACCUCCUUCACAUGUGGACUGCUCAUUGAGCGUGUGGGGAGGAGAGCCUUGCUGUGGAGGGGCUUUGGGGCCAUGUCUGUAACAAUGGCAUUAAUCACGCUCUUGCUGCACCUGAAGGGAAGCAGCUUUUGGAUUCCAUAUAGUAUGGUUGGCCUGAUAUUUCUCUUUGUCAUAUUCUAUGUAGGAGGACCAGCGGGCGUAAUGCCUUCUCUAACUCACGAGAUCUUUAUCCAGUCAUCUCGACCUGCCGCCUUUGUGUUCACUGGGAUACUGAGGUGGCUGGGAUUCGCUGUAAUGGGAUUGGCCUUCCCAUUUCUAAUUGCAUUGUUGAAGUCUCUCAGCUUUGUGUUGUUCUCCUGUGUUUGUUUGACGGCUGGGCUCUUCAUCUUCUUCUUAGUACCUGAAACAAAGGGUAAAACGCUCCUGGAAAUAUCUGAAGAAUUCAACAAAAUCCAAAUAUGCAGACAUUCAUUAACCAAAGACAUGAUUGUGGAAACAAGGUUCUAA